CCGAGUCAGAACCGAAAGUUUGAAACAACUUCACAAAAAAAGUCCAAAACCGGAUGAACUAAAAAAGAAAGCAAAAAAUAAAAGGAAAUUAUUAUCCAAACAGAGGGCAGCAAGAACACGCUAUCCCUCCAAAGAUUAUUCCCGACGAUCUUCAACCACCGCCAUAUCAAAGGAAGGAAAGCAGUAAGAGAUAUAUAUUAUUUAUAUAAAUAAAGAAUUAAAGAAAAAUAAUAAUGAGAAGAAUCGAAGGGCCUAUUUGGUUCACUGAUCGCCGACAAUGACCGAUUAGAAAAAUGACUGGGAAUUGGGAAUGAUUCAGGGCUUCUGAAAUUAGGGUUUUGUUUGGAAAUUUGAUAAAAUUCGUGGAAGAAGUAAACCUGGGGAGUGAAGAAGGCUCCAGAUUAGGGCCGUGUUUGUCUUGCGCCGAUUGGCUGCUUCGUUUCUGCCACUUAAUUUUCCGUCAUAAAAUGGAAUCGCCUUCAGAUUCGCCGCCGCUUAAGCCUCAUGAUCGAGUUGUAAAGAGGAUAGCUGCUUUAAGGAUUCCAGUGGAGUACCUUGAUAGGAGUUAUAAGGGGAUGGUUGAUUUUGUUAUGGCUAAUGGAUUACUGUUGCCAGCAGUAGUUUACGCAAUCUUACCUACAGAUGAAGAAGUGGCGGAGUAUAUACAGGAUGCUAGGUUAAAUUCUAAGAAAUUGAUGUUGGAAGCUUUGAAAAAUCAGUUUCGAGAGAGUAUGGUUUGGUUGCAGUGGCUGAUGUUUCUGGGUGAGCCGGUGAAUGCUUUGAGCAACCUAGCAAAAUUGAGUAUUGGUCAACAUGGUGUUUGUGGUGCAGUUUGGGGAUUGAAUGACAUUGCAUAUAGGUGCCGGACAUGUGAGCAUGAUCCAACUUGUGCUAUUUGUGUUCCUUGUUUCCAGAAUGGGAAUCAUAAGGAUCAUGAUUAUUCUAUUAUUUAUACGGGUGGUGGUUGCUGUGAUUGUGGGGAUGAAACGGCAUGGAAACGUGAGGGUUUUUGCUCAAAGCAUAAAGGUGCUGAACAGAUUCAACCACUUCCUGAGAACUUAGCAAUUUCUGUUGGCCCAGUGCUUGAUGCACUCUUUGUUUGUUGGAAACACAAGCUAUUCUCUGUGGAAGGUAUCUUUCAGGAAAAUAUGAGAGCAAGUGAUCAUGGUGCUGAACAGAGGAAGGUUGCAAAUGAGCUAACAUAUGUGGUUGUUGAGAUGCUUUUAGAAUUUUGCAAGUGUAGUGAGAGUUUGCUCAGUUUUGUGUCUAGACGGGUGAUUUCUUCAGAUAGUUUAUUGGAUAUUCUGGUCAGAGCAGAGAGAUUCUUAGGUGAUGGUGUUGUGAAGAAACUCCAUGAACUGCUCUUGAAAUUGCUGGCAGAGCCUUUCUUCAAAAAUGAGUUUUCUAAAGCAUUUUUAAGCUAUUACCCUACUGUUAUAAAUGAAGCCAUAAAAGAGGGCAGUGACGACAUUCUCAAAAAUAAGUACACGCUAAUCUCAACUUUCUCUGUCCAAAUCUUCACAGUCCCAACCCUUACCCCUUGUCUGGUGAAGGAUAUGAACCUACUGGACGUGCUACUGAAAUGCUUGGGAGACAUUUUUAUUUCUUGCGCUCGGGAAGAUGGCCGUUUGCAGGCUGCUAAGUGGGGAAGUUUGUAUAACGCCACUAACCGUGUGGUUGGAGAUAUUCGGUUUGUUAUGAGCCAUGAUGUAGUCUCCAAAUAUGUGACCCAUGAGCAGCAGGACAUCUCGAGAACUUGGCUAAAGCUUUUGGCUUUUGUGCAAGGGAUGAACCCUAUAAAGAGGGAAACUGGCCUCCAUAUAGAUGAAGAAAAUGAUUAUAUGCCUUCGCCUUUUGUUUUAGGCCAUUCUAUUGCCAAUAUUCACUCCCUUCUGGUGGAUGGGGCAUUUUCUGUUGCUGCAAGUGAAGGGGCAAGUGUUCUUUCUUAUACUUAUGAGCAAGAUAUGGAUGAUGGAGAUAGCAUGAGGCAUGCAAAAGUAGGAAGGCUAUCCCAAGAGAGUUUUGUUUGUAGUGUAACAGAAAGGACUGUGUCAAAGGUUACUGAAGUUGGAUCUGAUUCCACAUCUCAUCUUUUAAUUCCUUCCUCUGUAAUCUGGCUCAUACAUGAGUGCUUAAGGGCUAUGGAGACUUGGUUGGAAGUUGAUGACGGUGUCGCUGCAGCUCUUCAGCAUAUAUCCUCUCCAAAUAGUAGUGGCAUUCCUGAAAGCAGUUUUUUAGGAAUAAAGAAAACAUUAUACAAAAUUAGAAAAGGAAAAUAUUUCAGUAAAUUAACUGGUUCAAGUGAAAAUCAUAGCUCACAAUCUUCAUCACCAGUGUAUACUGGACAUCAAGCAAGUAAUGACAUGGAGAUUGCUGAAAAUUUAAGCUCAGAUGCUAAAACCUUUUCAGCUGAAAUUGAUCCACCCACAUGUGGUUCUAUAGGUUUGGGUGUCAGUACCAUGGAGACAGACAGUGGUACACGACUAGCUAUGCUACGUAUUCUGAGUUUGUGCGAAUGGCCUGAUAUUAUUUAUGAUGUUAGUUCGCAAGAGAUAUCUGUUCACAUUCCAUUACAUCGAUUACUUUCCAUGCUUCUGCAGAAGGCAUUAAGAAUGUUUUAUGGUGAAUCUGUAAUGCCAAACAUGACAAAUGCUUGUUCUGCAACUUCAUUAUCAGCAACUUAUGCAGAUUUCUUUGGCCACAUCCUCAGGGGCUGCCAUCCAUUUGGGUUCUCUGCCUCUGUUAUGGAGCAUCCCUUACGGGUUAGGGUAUUUUGUGCUCAAGUUAUUGCUGGGAUGUGGCGCAAGAAUGGGGAUGCUGCCCUAGUAUCUUGUGAGUGGUACCGCUCAGUUUGCUGGUCUGAACAAGGUUUGGAGCUUGAUUUAUUUAUGCUGCAGUUUUGUGCUGCAGUAGCUCCUCCUGAUCUCUAUGUUAAGAGAAUUGUAGAGCGCUUUGGGCUAUUAAACUACCUUUCUCUAAGUCUUGAAAGAUCAAACGAGUAUGAGCCAGUUCUCGUUCAGGAAAUGCUCACUCUAAUUCUGCAAAUUUUACAAGAAAGACGAUUUUGUGGACGCAAUACAGCUGACAGUCUGAAAAGAGAGUUGAUUUGUAAGUUAGCCAUUGGAGAUGCUACUCAUAGUCAACUGGUGAAAUCUCUACCUCGCGACCUUUCUAAGUUUGACAAGCUUCAAGAAAUUUUAGACAGGGUUGCUUCAUACUCUAAUCCAUCAGGCUUUAAUCAGGGAAUGUAUUCAUUGCGUUGGGCCUAUUGGAAGGAGCUGGAUUUAUACCACCCUCGUUGGAACUCAAGGGAUUUGCAAGUUGCAGAAGAAAGAUACUUGCGUUUCUGUGGUGUCUCUGCAAUGACUACUCAGCUGCCUAGGUGGACAAAAAUAUAUCCUCCUCUUGAGGGAGUCGCUAGAAUUGCUACAUGCAGAGUGACACUACAGAUUAUUCGUGCAGUGUUAUUUUAUGCUGUUUUCACUGAAUCACGUGCUCCUGAUGGUAUCCUUAUGACCGCAUUGCACUUACUUUCAUUGGCAUUAGACAUCUGUUUACAGCAGAAUGGGUCCGGUGACGUGGAACGUCAUAUAGGAUAUUCAAAUUCUAUGCUAUCUUUUGCCGGUGAAGAAAUUAGUGAAUCAUUAGACUUCACUGCUGGCAAACAAAGUUUGUUGUCACUUCUUGUUGCAUUAAUGAGAAUGCAUUGGCAAGAUAAUCAAAACAACUAUUUGGAAUCCAGCAACUUCAGUUUUUCUCCUCUGAUUGAAAAUUUAUUAAAAAAGUUUGCUGAAGUUGAUUCCCAUUGCAUUGCCAAACUGCAACAACUUGCCCCCGAAGUGGUCAGCCAUCUAUCAAAAUCUAUUCCUAUUAGUGAUAGGAGUACAAAAGGUUCAGCCUCCAAUAGUGAGAUGCGUAAGGCGAAAGCUCGCGAAAGACAAGCUGCUGUAUUGGCUAAAAUGAAAGCAGAGCAAUCCAAAUUUUUGUCAAGCAUCAAUUCCAAUGCUGAUGAUGAUUCAAAAUCUGAAGUAGAAAUGUCUAAUUCUGAUACUGAACAUGAAAUAUAUGGUGCUGUGCAAGAUAGUUGCUCUCUUUGCCAUGAUCCUACUUCCAAAAGUCCUGUUUCUUUCUUGAUUCUUCUCCAAAACUCUAGGCUUUUGAGCUUUGUUGAUAGAGGUCCCCCAUCAUGGGAUCGAGGGUCAGACAAGGAGCAAGGUUCUUCUAUUCCCACAAAUAGGGUGACCGAUCAGUUUGGAUCAAAUGGCUCUUCCAGCAAUUCAGGAUUGGCUUCUCAAUCAGCGCAUUUGACCGAAAAUCCUGUUGUUGAGACUGCCAGUAAUGAGCAUCGGCGACGUAGUGAAGUAAAUUCCAUUCUUGAGUUUGUCAAGUCUAGGUUUCCUCUGGUGAGGAGCAUUCAAGCACCCUUAACUUCUAGUGAUGUGAGGGGCAGUACUGUAUAUAAUUUGGAGACACUGGAAGAAGACAUGUACUUAUGUAUUUGUAAAGAAAUGUGUGAUACUUUAUCAAGCUCAAGCUUUAAAAAGGAUGAAGUAUCCUCUGCUCCUGAAAGUUCUCCAGAAAGCAGGGGUACUGAAUCUGACAUUCUUGGGAAAUGCAUUGCUGCUGUUUCAAGUGAGACAAGUGAAAACUCUUUGGGUUGUAAAAACAUUAAUGGUGACAUGGAGUUGAUAGAAUCUACUUCACAGCCUCUUGUUUAUGAUGGAUUUGGCCCCUUAGAUUGUGAUGGGAUUUAUCUUUCUUCCUGUGGGCAUGCUGUACAUCAGGGUUGUCUUGAUCGCUAUUUAUCAUCGCUGAAGGAAAGAUAUGUUCGAAGAAGUUUCUUUGAGAGGGCACAUAUUGUGGAUCCAGAUCAGGGAGAGUUUCUGUGUCCUGUGUGUCGUCGACUAGCAAAUUCUGUCUUGCCUGUGGUCAAUGGGACUUUCCAGAAAGCUGGAAGACAGCCUAUGACUGCAACUGUUGAUCCAGUGCCUGCUUUAGGUUCUCCAUCUGCAAAAAAUAAAGAAACCUGUCCCCUUCUGCUUCAGCAAGGGUUAUCUCUUCUAAAAAUCGCUGCCAAGGUGGUUGGGAAGCCUCAUUUCUUUGAAGCUCUUUCUCUUCAAAGAAAAGAAAGAACAAGUCAGAAUCUUGAACCUAUAUCUCGUGUGCUGUCUAAACUGUAUUUUUCAAAACAGCAGGAUAGGUUCUUAGGAUCUUCGAGGUUAAGCCACCCAAUGAUUUUAUGGGAUACUCUUAAGUAUUCUCUUAUGUCAACAGAAAUUGCUGCUCGAAGUGGAAAGACUUCUAUGGCCACAAAUUAUACUCUUACUUCUUUAUAUAAGGAAUUUAAAUCCUCUAGUGAAUUUAUAUUUUCCUUGUUGCUAAGAGUUGUACAGAACCUGUGCAGUACAAAUUCUCUUCAUGCUCUUCACAGAUUCAGUGGUCUCCUACUGUUUGCUGAGUCUAUUUGCUCCGGGGUUUCCUUUGAUUACCACAGCACCAGACAUAGACAGGAAGAUAAACCCCUUCGUAUCUUGAACCAUGAUGAUAAGGAAGCAUUAAAACCUGAUAUUCAGUUUUGGAAUCGGGCAUCUGAUCCUAUUCUUGCUCGUGAUCCUUUCUCAUCAUUGAUGUGGGUUCUCUUCUGUCUCCCAUGCCCAUUUAUAUCAUGUGAGGAGUCGCUGUUAUCCCUUGUGCAUGUCUUCUAUGUUGUCACCAUGGUUCAGGCUGUAAUUACAUGUGGGACACAUGGUUUUAACAUCAAUGAGUUAGGUUCCCGUCACUGCCUUAUUACUGAUAUCUGUGGGAUUCUUGGAGGGUCUGAUUGUGCUCGGUGGUAUUUUGUAUCAAAUGAUCUUGACCUUUCUUGUGAUAUUAAAGAUAUGAUCCGAAGAUUGAGUUUCCCUUACUUGCGGAGGUGUGCAUUGUUGUGGAAAUUGCUUAAGUCUUCUGCCCCAGCACCAUUCUGUGAUAGGGAUAGCAUGUGGGAGUCAUCUUAUGUGAUGAGUGAUAUGAUGGAUACAAAUGGAAGUACUUUAGUGGAUCUUAAUGAAGUACAAGAACUGGAGAAGAUGUUUAAGAUUCCUCCUAUAGAUUUUGUUCUUGAGGAUGAAGUCUUGCGAUCAUUUGCAUUAAAAUGGUUUCAUCAUUUCCACAAGGUAUAUGAAGCCUGUAGUUUCCAAAAUGUUUUCUACUGCAAUCCUGCAGUUCCAUUUAAGUUGAUGAGUCUGCCUCAUGUUUAUGAAGACCUAGUGCAAAGGUAUAUAAAGCAGUGUUGCCCUGACUGCAAAGCUAUGCUUAAUGAGCCUGCAUUAUGCCUGUUGUGUGGUAGAUUAUGCUCUCCUAGUUGGAAACCCUGCUGCAGGGAGAGUGGAUGCAUGGCUCAUGCAAUGACCUGCGGUUCUGGUAUUGGUGUAUUUCUGUUGAUAAGGAGAACAACAAUCCUGCUACAAAGAUGUGCACGUCAAGCUCCUUGGCCAUCUCCAUAUUUGGAUGCAUUUGGUGAAGAGGAUAUUGAAAUGCUUAGAGGAAAACCAUUGUACUUGAAUGAGGAACGUUAUGCUGCUCUAACUUACAUGGUUGCUUCUCAUGGCCUUGAUAGGAGUUCAAAGGUUCUCAGCCAAACUAUCAUUGGUACCUUAUUCAUGGUUUAGUUUGGUUUGAUGACCAAGGUGGCGAUGUAUUUGAAUUGGAUAAUUAUCAUUAAGUGCAUAGAAUGGUUAUGCGAAACUGAAGUUUGCCAGUAUCCAUAAAUUAUUGUGCAAACUAAGUUAGGGAUCUUGGUUUUGAUGUUGGCAUGUGGCCAUUGUGGCUGGACAUUCUGCUAAUCAGGAACAUAGAAUAUGUUAAUGGAAAUGAUGCAUGCAUAAGCUGCUAAGAUUCUUCUCCCACAUUUGAUCCGGCCACUUUUGCUAUUCUCUUCCUUGUCUUGCAUUCCGUCAAUGUAUGGUUAGAUCGAAGAAACCCCCAGCAAGUAUGAGUCCCAAGCUUUGAUCCAUGAGUCUUCAGUUAAACAUCUUCUGGCAUAAAGAGAAUGGUUUGAGACAACAUAGUGGGACAACAUUUUGAAUUUUUUUUUUUUUUUAUAAUUAUUUCUUCGUUUUCUCUUUAUUUCUCUCCUUUGUUUGCCGGGCUUUGGGGAUACAUGAGCUUCCAUCUUCAUCUCCAGGAGAGUGCAGCUACAGUCUCUAAUGUAAAGGGGUUAAAUCAUAAUUUUAUGGGCUUGUAGUAUGUUGUAAAUAGUUGAAUAUUUUCACAUGACAACAGCUCUUCCCUUCCAAGAUUCUGGUUCAAGUCGAUGGCUGCAGCCAUAAGAACUCCAGGUGGCAUAUGGUUUUUUCUUUUUUUUUUUUUUUACAUGAUUGGGAACUUGGAUUGGUUUUGUAAGUGCUUAUAAAUGUGUUUUGACUUUAAUGAAUGGCUUUCCCAAGGUUACU